AUGUGCUUCGAGAAAUCUGCGCCCCGCCCUUGGCCCGCGGAGUUCGACUCUCAGUUCGGCCGCCUGUAUAUCGAGAGCGCCAACGCGCCAGACGUCGUGGACGCCGCGGGCCACGCCGCGGCUGCAAGCGAUGACCCACGCGCUCCGCCAGCCCCGCCGCCGUUCCAAGCCUUCGGCGAAAGCGGGGCCCUACACGGCCCAGACGCUGCUGUCAGGGGCGCGCCGCGUGGCAGGCGGCGCAGACGAGUGUUCCGAGUGCGGCGCAGCUUGCCGCGCGCCAGCGCAGUCUUCCGCUGCCGCCGCCCCCCGUUCGCCCUCCCGACCCUGAGCGAGCUGUCCUACCUGGAGGGGCGGCCGGUGGCGCCGGCAACGUGGGUCCGCCUGGGCUGGGACAGCCGCGUGCAGCUGGGCGCGCGCCUGGUGAUGUCCCUUUGCGAGCACGCGGUGGCCGCCGUGUUCUCCUUCGUGGCGCGCCUUCGGCCCGGCGAUUGCGACUCCUUCUCGUCGCUCCAGCUGGUCGCCCCCGUCGAGGCGGCCGGAGGGGCUGCGGGCGCGCGGGGGCUACAGCGCGCGCCAGCGGAAAAGGGGGCCCCCGCCAUGACCAACAUGUUGGACGACGUUGUGCCCUUCGACUCGGCGACGCACCUCUACCGUCGCCUCCGGGUCUUGAAAACCCGAGCCCGUGCCCCAACUGACCGCGUCUGGAUGUUCUUAAAGGGCGACCUGUCUGCGCGGCCGGCAGGGGCGACGGCGGAGCUCCAACCGGUGAAUCUGGCGAUCGCGGCGCAUGGGCUUUGCCGCGGAGGAGCGCCUCGCGACCUCCUCCACGUCCGCGGGGCGCCGCCGAAAGGAAAGCUCCGCAGCCGCUGGGCAUCGGACUCCAUGCUGAAGCUGUAUGCCAAGCAGACGUGGGUGGUCCCAGAGCUUGCCCGCGUCCCUCCCCGCGUGGUGCAAUGCGGCAGCCUCGUCUCAGAGCAGGUCGGCGCUGCGUUCGCCGUCGCGGCCGCCGCCCUUGCGCCUCCGUCCCUGGAGCGAGCCCCGCAGGAGUGA